AUGACCCGCCAAGUCACUCUCCGGCUGUCUAACGUGAGGACAUCACUGGUCAACCUGCCACCCAUACUGUCAUCUCAGCUAUCUUCCCAAGGAAUCCUGCCACAGUCAGUAGGGAUCGAGUUAAGACCGAUCGGCAGACCGACAAGCUCCGACAGACCGCUCUAUGUCGGCUGGAGUGGAUUGACCGCAUCCCUUAGCACCGAGCGCUUGUCCAGACCCAGGAACUCGGCACAGAGACAGAACAGCUCUGGUCUCUGGGGGAGCUCAAGCCUGAAGAAUGGCCUCGAAUUCGUCGAGUCGUUGGAGCUGGACCAGGCACUCGCUGGCGAGAUGGGCUGGAAGGAGAACGACCGGCUGUCAAUCAAGUUCCACCACCACGGGAUGACUCAUGCCACCACUGUUAAUGUCGAGCCGCUCACGAUCGACGAUUGGGAAAUCCUGGAGUCCAAUCCACAGUACCUCGAGGACAACAUCCUCAAGCAGAUCCGGGUACUGGUCGAAUCACAAAAGCUGCUGAUCUGGGUGUAUGAGAAGACGCUGAUUCAAGUCAAAGUCACCUCGGUCACCCCACCCUCCAACACCGAUCGUCCCUGUCUGAUCACCAACGAAACCGAAAUCAUCGUCUCGCCCAAAACCCGCUUCGAUCCGUCGCUCCAAGACUCAGCACAAAAAAAUCAUAUCCUGGGUGAUCCUGCUCAGGCGGCGGACAACACUGCAGCAACAUCCAAGGAGAAAUCAGCAAGCAGAAAGAUCGACUUCAAAAUCCUUCCCCAGGCGUUUUCACUCGCCCUAGAAACACAACAUCCACUCGCGUCACCUCUCGACCCCGGCACCACCGCGACAAAACAUGGCCAGACGAACGCCGCUGACGAUUAUCCAGUCGCAGCCCUCAAUCCGCUCCAAUUCUCGCAGAUCGAGUCCAUUUUCCCGACCACGCUGUGUUCUCUAGGGUUGCUUCUACGCCCCAACCAAGCGUCCGGCUCGAAACUGCCCUCAGCUGCUCCUACCACUGCCCCACCCGACAUAUCUCUCCGUCAAGGCCCCAAUAAAGCCUCAAGAACAAGCAAGAAACAGGAGGCCAAAUCCAUACCCAACAUUGCCGACCGAGUCCGUCUGGCCCCACAUUCGGGAGUCCCGAUCGGCUUCCUUCAUUUGCCCUCGAAGUUCAGACAGAGGUGGUUUGCAAGCCUCGCCGUUGCUCUAGACCCCCGCUCUUCAUUCCAAGUCGAUAAAGCAGGUGAUUAUGAAUACGUUAGGAUCGGGCCAGCAAAGGACUUAUCUUCCGAUGCGACUCACUCCGAUCCGAAUGAGGCCGGUUUAGUUGAAGAUCAACAAUCUGCCACCAACAAGACGGAAGAAAUCCUGCUGCUCGGUUUUGCAGAUCACCUGGACUUUUGUGAGCAAUAUCUGCAAAACAGUCUCGCUGCGGCUCGUCUCUUUACCCUCGGUCACUACCGGACAGGAAACCAUAACCUUGCUGGACUCAUGAUUCGCGGCUCAUCCGGAUCAGGCAAAACGUCCCUGGUUAAAACGUUGAUCGGAAAAGUGUAUCUAGAUCCCAGUGCGAUGUUCCAUUGCCGGUACGUCGACUGUGGUCAACACGUUGAUGAUCGACUGAACGUGCUCAAGUCGAACUUCAAGGAGUGGUUUGAUGAUGCCGCAUGGCAUUCGCCCUCCGUGCUUGUGUUAGAUGACCUCGAUCAGCUUUUACCCGCGGAGCCUGAGCAUAUCGAUUCAUUUCGGUAUCGACAUCUAGCUGAAGAAUUCUUAUCGAUCGCAAAUGCGGCAACCAAAGACAAGCUAGUUAUCUUGGUCUCAACCUGCUCUAGCUCGGUGUCCAUCCACAACUUAUUGCGCUCCGAAACUCACAUCUUCUCGGAAACGUUAGAGUUAAAAGGACUCAGUCGAGCCAACCGGCGAGAGAUCCUUACUGAGCUUAUCAAACUCAAAGCUGGAAAAUCUGGUCUUGAGAUCAGUCGGAUCAAGCCUGAUGCGCUGUCGUCAGAAAAGACCGAGGGAUACCUGCCGUCCGAUUUGCAAGACUUGGUCGAUCGAGCGGUUCAUCAAGCUAUCAUCAGAUCGAUGAGAACUGCGCAUCGAGACUCUUCCAAGCCAGUCUCUUUGGAGUUGCAAGACUUCGAAAGCGCGCAGUCCGGCUUCGUGCCGAUCUCAUUGAGAGAUGUCAAGCUACAAAAGUCCACGGUAAACUGGUCGGAUAUUGGAGGCUUGGUUGAAACUCGCAGAAUCCUCCGUGAAACUUUGGAAUGGCCGACGAAGUACCCCUCAAUCUUUGCCAACUGUCCUCUCCGAUUACGCUCUGGAUUGCUGUUAUAUGGAUAUCCAGGAUGCGGUAAAACUUUAUUGGCUUCUGCAAUUGCGAAAGAGUGUGGCUUGAAUUUCAUCAACAUCAAGGGGCCCGAAUUACUGAAUAAGUAUAUUGGGGCAAGUGAGCAAAGCGUUCGAGAGUUGUUCGACCGCGCCCAGGUCGCCAAGCCCUGUGUAUUGUUCUUUGACGAGUUUGAAUCAAUCGCACCCAAAAGAGGUCAUGAUUCAACCGGUGUGACCGAUCGCGUCGUCAAUCAGCUUCUAACCCAGAUGGAUGGUGCAGAGGGGCUGGAAGGAGUAUACGUACUGGCAGCGACUUCCAGGCCCGAUCUAAUCGAUCCCGCAUUGCUCCGUCCGGGUCGCCUGGACAAAAGCCUGCUAUGUUCAAUGCCGAACGUCGAGGAGAGGCUCGAUAUAUUGAAGGCUGUUUCGCGCGCAUUACCUCUGGAUGGCAACCUGUACUUCGAGGAAGUUGCGGAACUGACCGAGGGAUUCACCGGCGCCGACCUCCAGGCCUUGAUCUACUCCGCCCACCUCGAGGUCGUCCAUGAAAGCAUCAAUGCCAAGACCCAAUCGCUCGAACGAAGUCACGGUCAAGGAGACCAAAAUAAGAGUCAAAGCCAUCAGCUACGUUGGACAGAAAUCCAGCCCCAGCAGCCUGGCUCGUUGAAGACCGCUGAAGGAGCUGUGAGGAGUCGUGCCGAAAAGGAGGCCAUUAGGAAACGAAUUGAGGACGUUCUGAGCAACACGUCUGCUGAUCCAAAGUUGGCUGGCGAAUCAGGCCACAAUAACCUUUCAGCGCAGAACCCUUCACUGAACUUGAUUGAAAUGCGACAUGUCCGUUCGGCGCUCCGGAACGCGCGCCCGAGUGUCCCGGCAAAGGAGCUGGCCCGACUGAGCAGAAUCUACCAGAGCUUCGUCUCUUCACGCUCUGAUGGCGGCUUGCCUGGCGGAGAAGCCAGUGACGAGAUCGGUGGUCGGGCUUCAUUGAUGUGA